AUGUCAUGUAAUCCUGCAUUAGAUAUGAACUCACUCUGCGAAGCUUUCGCAAAGUUGACAGUAAAAGAUACGGUCAGCGCCUUCUCGAGGCUCCCAGAUGAACUUCAACUUAUGAUCUGGAAAGAGGCCAUCGCAGAGCCUGUUGUCCAUGAUGUGACUUGGUUAAUUUCCCACCAAUUCGAGAUUGAGACUCCCGAGGUACUUCUUGGUAUCAACUGGCUGAGCUAUAAUGAAGCUAAGAAGGUCUACAAGAGAUUGACGCACCUUGACGAUCGUGCCAUCUUCUUCAACACCCAACAAGACUCAGUAUUGAUGAUGGACGCUGUCGACUUGUUUACAGCAUCGUUGUUCACGGACCCAAAAAUUGUAAAUUCUAUCCAAUGCUCUGCCAGGAUUUGCGACACUAGACCCCCCUUGGUCGAUAUAGAUAGAUACUUGGAACUUUAUCACGGUAAUACAGGCGCUUUUCCAUUCUGUCAUGUGCAGAAUUUCGUAGUCCAAGACCUGCAAUGUUCGCGAAAGCAUCGAUUGCAAGAUAUCACGGAGCGAGUGCUCUGUAGAGAAGGACUCAGGCGAUUCUUUGUAAAACAAAAUCGUAAAUAUCGUAGAGUUAUGAUUCCCGAGGUCAUAAUCAAAGUUCCUCAACAAGGAGACAAACUGUGCUACGAAUGCAAGAGGUUAGAUGAGUGGUUGGCCUUGGACCAAUCGUCAAGAAACAGUGCAGUUGUCGUCGUCAUUGAAGGGAGAGAGGAUAGAUCGAGGGCAGGAAUUAAUGGUGCAGUCCUGUACUAUGAGUGCGACGCCGAAUAUCCAUCGAAGAAGAAGAAUAUACCCCGCGGAAAGCCGAUGACGAUGAAUGGUUAUUCGAAGGGCAAAGAAAAGGAGAAGGACCGAUAUCUACCUGCGAGGAGAAGAGGAGGAGAAUCAGGAAAAUGGCUCGAUGUGAUGGCAUACGGAGGUUCUAGUGCCCUGUUGGCUUUGAUCCUGAAAUAUGCCGUCUCAGGUCAAUACUGGAAUUUGAACUUCUUCUUACUGUCGCUUCAGUCAGGAACUGCUAUCACAGUGAUAUGGUUAUUAAAAAGGGGCGGAUAUUUCAAGGAAUUAGCCGGGCUAGAGUUCCAAAAAUUGAAGACUUGGCUUCCUUUAGCUGUAUUACUCCUCGUCUCGAAUUAUAUAUCUUACAAAGCGCUUCAAUGUCUUUCAUUACCUACGUACAUACUCCUUUCUACUACGACUAUUUUCACAGUCCCCUACGUCGACAGCAUUCUGUUUGGGACACCGAUUCCUCCGUUCGCAUUUAAAUCAUAUCUCCUAAUAUUCUCCGGCAUAAUAAUUUCAGUCAUUGCGGAAAACGCACAUGCAGAAGCAAGCUAUGGGGACCGACGACUCGAACAAACUUUGGAACCUCAAGACCCUGUCAUGAUAUUAUUUCUUGGAUAUAUUUUCAUGGUCAUACAUCUUUUAUUGUACAGCACAUAUGAAGCAUGGAAGGCAAAGAUUGUGCCGAAUCUCAAGUUUGGUCAAUGGGAUAUUUUCCUAUAUAACCAUGUGCUUAUAUUUAUCAUCACAUCAGCGCUUUCCUUCCUCAUCGAGGAUUUCUCCGACGAGAACAUGAACGAUUGUUUCCCAUCUUCGAUACGAACGUCGACUAUUUGGGCCAUAAUUUAUACCUGCUUUGGAGUCUUCCCUGUAAUAUUCUAUUCCACCGCAAUUGUUCGAAAAUCAUCUUCAGGUUUCCAUUCAAUUGUCGAAGCUUCAAGUAAAAUGGCAAUAGCCUUGCUAGGAAUGUACAUGUAUUCGAAUCCGAUAAACAUGGGCAGUGUAUCCGCUAUAGUGAUAGGGUGCUCAGGCGGUAUUCUGGGGGCGUAUUUAGAAGGAAAACAGCAGCAGGAUGCGAAGGGAAAAAGGGUGUUGCCUGUUUGA